GCAGUUGGUGUUAUUGUGACCGUCUCCCCGCGGCCCCGGAUGUUGUGGCUGCCCGGGGAGAUGGCGGAGGCUGAGGGGCUGGCUGCGGCCCCGGACCCUACUGUAGGGUCGGCGUUUAAGGGCCGUCGAGCCCUUUCGGGGUCCUGGGAGCGCGACCAGCAGGUGGAGGCGGUGCAGCAGGCCCUGGUGCAGGUGUUGGGGCCGUACGAGCCACUGCUGAGCCGGCUCCAGGCGGCCCUGGUGUGGGAGCGGCCGGCGCGGAGCGCGCUGUGGUGCCUGGGGCUGAACGCGGCUUUCUGGUUCUUCGCGCUCACCUCCCUCCGCCUCGUGUUUCUGCUUGCCUUCAGCUUGAUGAUCCUCGUGUGUAUCGAUCAGUGGAAGAGCAAAAUCUGGCCUGAAAUCAAAGUGCCGAGGCCCAACACACUGGACAAUGAGAGCUGGGGCUUUGUGCACCCUCGGCUGCUCAGCGUGCCCGAGCUCUGCCGCCAUGUCGCCGAAGUCUGGGUGAGCGGGGCUGUUUUCAUGAGGAAUCUCCUGCUUUUCAAAAAGCAAAACCCAGGCAAGUUCUGCCUGCUGAGCUGUGGGCUCCUCACCUUCCUGGCCAUCCUGGGCCGAUGCGUCCCUGGGCUCCUGCUGUCCUACCUGCUCCUUGUUGCAGUGCUAUUGUGGCCCCUGACUGUGUACCACCGCCUGUGGGACUGGGCCUAUGUACGCCUAGAGCCGGCUUUGCAGCGGCUGGACUUCAGUGUGCACGGCUACAUGAUGUUCCGGCAGAGGGAGCGGCAGCUGCGCCGUAGAGCUCUGCACCCGGAACGUGCUGGGGACAAUGGCAGUGACAGUGAGGAGGAGUUGGCCGCCUUCUGUCCUCAGCUGGACGACUCCGCCGUGGCCAGGGAACUGGCCAUCACAGACUCGGAGCACUCAGAUGCUGAGGUCUCCUGCACAGACAAUGGCACCUUCAAUCUCUCUCGGGGCCAGACGCCCCUAACAGAGGGCUCUGAAGACCUAGAUGGGCACAGUGACCCGGAGGAGUCCUUUGCCAGGGACCUUCCAGACUUCCCUUCCAUUAACGUGGACCCUGCUGGCCUGGAAGAUGAGGACGACACCAGCAUCGGGAUGCCCAGCCUGAUGUUCCGGUCCCCCACUGGGGCUGAGGCUCCCCAGGCGCCCCCUGCAGGCCGAGAGGAGGCUUCACUGCCAGAGCUCCUACUGGGCACCCUGCCUGCAGGCUCCGCCCUCACUAGCAACCUCGCCAGCCUGGUCUCCCAAGGUGUAAUCCAGAUGGCCUUGGCAGGGGCCUCCCAAUCAGGCCCUUCUGUCCCCUUGUCCCGGAGAGCGACCCGGGGUGUCCUGUGGGCUCCCAGUUCUGACCUGGACACAGAUGCCGAGGGAGAUGACUUUGAGCUGCUGGACCAGUCGGAGCUGAACCAGCUGGACCCUGCUGGCUCCAGAAGCCAUUGAGCGGUGGGCUGGAACUGUGCUUUCCUGCAGGAUGCCCAGCCUGCUGCCCAGGACUAUUUGUGCUUCACCAUGAGGGCACACGCUCCCCAGAAGGUCCUGAGGAACCGAGUCAGGAAGGGGCGCUGGGGGCCCUCACAGAGAGCCCAGCCCACCCUCACCCACUCCUCUGGAGUCCCAGCCAGGCAGCAGCAGUUGUUCUGUCCUUUGUGGACCACGGUGUGGUGUUUCCAGAGCGAGCCCAUCCCUUGGUUCUGCAGAGCAGGCCUGCACCCCUUCCCACCUGUCCUUGGGCCUCAACAACAGACCUUGAAGUACUGCUUGUGAGGUUCAGGCAAGGUGAGGACUGGCAUCUUUCACACGUGGGUCACAGGGGCCACUGUGAGGCGUCCCUGCCCACUGAGCACCCCGACCCUCCUGGGCUCUGUGGUGUCUCUGGUGCUGCUGUCCCUGGCUCCUUAUACCCUCAGGCUGCACAGUGAGCCAAGCAAUACUGUGUCCAUCCUGGUGUCCCUGUCCCUCCCCAGAGCCUCCUGGAGAAGCAAGAGCACCGCAGGGACGGCACAGUAGCACUUUACAGGUGGCUUUGUGACAAGCACCGCAGGGCCAAGGCUGUUCUCCCCUGGUCGGUGAGCUGCAUGAGGAGCCUGCCGACAGGAGCUGGGAAGUGACGCCUCUGGCCUUUACUCAAAUCAUGUGUCACAAAAACCCAACUGUCACUGGCUCCAAACCUGUGCCAGCCUCACCUCUGCCACAGUCCACAGAGCUUAAGCCAAACUGUUCCCAUGUCCCCACUGCUGCCAAUCCUCAGGGACCACUUGCCCGUGAGAGGUGUUCAGCGGAGCCCAGGUGGCCAUCACAGGUGGGGUAUGUUCACCUGUAGCUCUAGGCAGACAGAUGGGUGACCUCCCGGGGCAGAGCUGGGUGUGUGGGUGGUCACCACUUAGGAAGAUUCACCAAGUUCUCCCACAGGCUGUAGGGCCACAAGGUGUCUUAGGGGGCUCUGGUGUGGAGGACAUGGAGGUGUGGGGGAAAAGAGUGGAAGGUCACAGGGGAAGGAAGGAGAGCUAUACCACCCUGGCUUUGCCCCCAGCACGCCCACCUCGAGGCUGCUUCCUCCACUGUGAAUGGGGUGGGUGGGAUUGGUGGUGCUGGGGAAUAAAUCUCCGAGAAUCAUCUUUUAA